GUCCGGUUUGAUCAGGUUGGGGUCAAAGCCUACCUCCGCACAGUGCCACAGUCUAACGGCUAGACAGUGUUGCGCAUUGCGCACCGGUGCGGAUUACAGUCAUCAGUCCCCUUUUCCGGCAACGGAAAAGGCUCGUUUGCUCUCUUUCUCUCUCUCCUCGCCUUCACAGUUCACAGAAACCUCUAAAGAACUGAAAAUCUUAUUUCAUCGCUUGGGCUGAUCCUCAACUAAAGGAAGAAACUUUUGGCUGCACCGCAACUAUUAAAACGAAAACCAACCCUAACCCUAACCCUAAUCAUGGUUGUUCGGUUGUUCUGCAAACACUAAAAACUCUCUCCGGCCAUGGAUUCUCACGAUCAGGACUUCAAAGAAAAUGGGGAUUCUACUCACGACGACAACAACAAUCACGUUUCUAAGAAGAUAAAGCUUUCCCCCUUCAUCUCCGACUCCGAAAUCCGCGAAGAAUUCGCGCAUCACGAUCCUGGAGUCGCUCGGAUCAACAAUGGCAGCUUUGGCAGUUGUCCCGCCUAUGUCAUCGCCGCUCAGAAAGAGUGGCAGCUUCGGUUUCUUCGCCAACCUGAUGAUUUCUACUUCAAUCAGCUCCAGAAAGGGAUUCUUGAAUCCAGAAAAGUUAUCAAAGAUCUGGUAAAUGCGGAUGACGUCGAAGAGGUGACCAUUGUCGACAACGCCACCACCGCUGCGGCGAUUGUUCUCCAGCAGAUUGGUUGGUCCUUCGCUGAAGGGAAGUUUCAGAAAGGAGACGCGGCCGUGAUGCUUCACUAUGCAUACGGUGCCGUCAAGAAAUCCAUCCAGGCUUACGUUUCUCGUGCUGGCGGGUACGUAAUUGAAGUCAACCUGCCUUUUCCCGUCAAAUCUAAUGAGGAAAUUAUCGUUGAGUUUAGAAAAGCUUUGGAGAAGGGGAAAUCUAAUGGUAGGAAAGUUAGGUUAGCUGUAAUCGAUCAUAUCACCUCGAUGCCGUGUGUGGUAAUUCCUGUCAAGGAGUUGGUUAAGCUCUGUAGGGAGGAAGGUGUUGAUCAGGUGUUUGUAGAUGCUGCUCAUGCGAUAGGUAGUGUCGAGGUUGACAUGAAAGAUAUUGGGGCUGAUUUUUACACUAGUAAUUUGCACAAAUGGUUUUUCUGUCCGCCUUCAGUUGCAUUUCUGUACUGUAGAAGAUCGUCCAAAGUUUCUGAUUUGCAUCAUCCCGUUGUUUCCCAUGAGUACGGUAACGGGUUGCCUAUAGAAAGUGCUUGGAUUGGGACGAGGGAUUAUAGCUCGCAGCUUGUUGUUCCUUCUGCCUUGGAUUUUGUUAAUAGGUUUGAAGGUGGUAUUGAAGGAAUUAGGAAAAGAAAUCAUGAAAUUGUUAUUAAGAUGGGGGAAAUGCUCUCGGAGGCCUGGGGGACGCUCCUUGGUUCACCCCCAGACAUGUGUUCCAGCAUGGUCAUGGUUGGAUUUCCUGCUAGUUUAGAAAUAUCAAGUGAAGUGGAUGCUUUGAAGCUGAGGAAGCAUCUUCGGGAGAGUUUUGGUAUUGAAGUUCCAAUAUAUUAUCGGGUGCCAGAAGAGGGGGAACUUGAAGCGCAGAACAAAGAUAAUUGUAUAACAGGUUAUGCCCGGAUUUCUCAUCAGGUGUACAACACAGAUGAUGACUACUAUAAGUUCAGGGAUGCAAUUAACCAGCUCAUCCAGGAAGGGUUUACUUGCAAGAUGCUUCCCUCUAAUUGAUGAGCUGUUCUGCAGCUUGAUAGAGAUGGAGGUGCUACAGCCAUCUAUCGCGAAUAAUGGUCCCCCUUCUUUGGAUUAAGUUAUUCUCAUGGCUUGUAAUUUCCUAGGACCUAUGAUUUUGGAAACCACUCUCGCAAGCCAAAGUGCAAUUCGUUGUAUUCAGUCCAAGGGACAUAGCGAGUGUCUUUUAGUUCGGUGAUCUUAGACAUGCGACGGGCUUAUAAUUUUUUUACAAAUAAAAUAAACGUUGGCAUGCUCUCUCUCUCUCAAUUUACUCAUGUUCCAUGAAAAUUAAACUAUUUCUA